AUGGAGCCGUUUCAUCUUCUCAAGUCACUUGAAUGGAAACGCUCAGGUGAACCAUUCGUUUUGGCUUCUGACUCCAUCGGUCGAGGAGGCUUUUUGCAAACUACUCCACGGGUAUCCAUAACUGAGAACAUAAGGUCUGAGCUACUUGCUUCUUUUGGAAAUUUUAAAGAAGAAAUGAGUUCAGGAGAGGUUGGAGUAGUACUAAAACCUACUUUUGUAGUCAGAAUUGGUAAAAUUCUCUUUCAUGGGAAGAACUUUUCAGGCGGUGUAAGCAGGGAAGAUGCUGAAAUGGUUCUUGGUCGCGUUGGAAGAUCAUUUUGGACAAACCUUCCUGACUCUUACAUGGAAGCCAUUCUUGCUACAGUUAUUCCAAAAAUCAGAGUUGAUUCCCACCACACCAAAGAGUAUUACCAUGUGAAGGUAUAUGACAAUUGUAACCCGGAAUCAUCUAUUUCAAUCAAAUGCCGAGUUAUAUCAGGACGCCUUAAAAUACACAAGUUUGAGCUAAACCAGAAGAGGUGCCUAAGAGUGGAUGUAUCUUGCCUUGAUAAAGAUUUGGACCUGAGGUUGAUGUUAUCCACCAAGAGGGGACUGACGACUUCAGUGAAGGGGAUGCUGAGAAGUUCACUAGCUUAA